AUGACAGGCGGUUUAAAUAAAGAUUUUGAUUGGGUUGUAGCAAAGUUUGAAGAAAUGAUAAAAAGAGAAACAGAAGUAUCAAUAGCAAUACCAACGAUUAGAAUUUUAAUUGAUGUAAUUAGAAAGAGUAACUCAACCACUGUUGUUGGUUUACAAAAAGAAUUAGAGGAUGCAGUUAAACAAUUAAAAAGUUGUCCAUACAAUCAAUCAAUUUCAUUAUCAUCAGUUUGUGAUUCCUUCAUUCGUUUCGUAACAAAAAGAACUGAAUUAGAUUUCCCUAAUUUCGAUACAUGUAAAAGUAAUUUAGUUGAAAGAGGUGAACAAUUAUCAAAUAAAUCAUCAAUGAGUAGAACAAAGAUUUCACAAUUAGCAGAUAAAUUUAUUAGAGAUGGUGUUACCAUUUUAGUACAUGGUUUUUCAAGAGUAGUUUUAGGUUUAUUAUUACAUGCAGCUUUUCAAGGAAAAAGAUUUUCUGUUAUCGUAACUGAAUCUAGACCUGAUUCUUCUGGUUAUAAAACAGCAGCAAGAUUACAAGCAGCAAAUAUUCCAGUUAAAUUAAUUAUGGAUGGUGGAGUUUCAAGAAUUAUUGAUAAAGUUGAUUAUGUAUUGGUUGGAGCUGAAGCAAUUGUAGAGAAUGGUGGUAUCGUUAAUAAAAUCGGUACUUAUCAAAUUAGUAUUGUUGCUAAAGCAUUCAAAAAACCAUUUUAUGUUGCUGCUGAAAGUUUUAAAUUCACACGUUCAUAUCCACUCAAUCAAUCUGAUAUUGAAAAUUUAAAGAAUGAUCAUAUCUCUGAACCAUUUAAAGCUUGUCGUUCUUGUUCAAGUUGUGAAAAUCCUGAACAAUUAACUAUUGAUUCACCAACAUUAGAUUAUACACCUCCAUCAUAUAUUACAUUACUUUUUACUGAAUUAGGAGUUUUAACACCAUCAGCAGUCUCUGAUGAGUUAAUUAAACUUUAUUGUUAA